AUGAAUGAUAUUUUACCAUCUGGAGUUGGACCAAAUCUGCUAUUGGGCUAUCUGCAUCGCUGGGAUCUCCUGGUUGUUACAAAUAAAAAAAGCACUGAUGAUCACAUUUCUCUUUUGAAAUGGCCAUCUAGAACUGAUGAGGAAAGAACUGUGGUAUAUCUCAAAAUGGUGGAGGAUAACUAUAGCCCUAGGAUUGAUCUGCAAGAAAAUGGUGAUGGCAAUGUUUUAUUGGGGUUUGGUGUGGAGAAUGUUUCGUUAUUUGAGAAGAUCACAGUACUGGUUGGACCUGAACAGAAGGAGGUUGCCCCUCAACAUCUCCUACUUUGUUUGGCUAGUGAAGGGAAACUAAUGAUUUAUUAUCUUGCCAGGAUUUCUGACCCUUCUGAUUUACCUCAAAAAAGUCUGUCUACCAUUGAGAAUACUAAUGUGAAUAAACAAAUUUCUCCUGCAACUGCGUCUGAUAAGCAUCUGACUGCAAGUGUUAUUUCAUCUUCACACGACGGCAAGAGUCUGCUCGCAGGACAUGGUACGAUGGCCACACACGACGGCAGCAAGGCGAAGAAAGAGAAGGACCCAGGUGAAUCGUGUAGAAGAUUGUUCAGUGCUGUAUGCGAGAAACUCAGAGAUGAGCGCGAAAAAUACAAAGCUAAGCCUGAAAAAUAUAAAGAUGAGCUCACUACAGAUUCUGAAGACUGGAUUCUUAUAUCUAUAAUUGAAAAGAGGCUGAAUGCUCCUACUGAUUGUGCUGAACCACCAGCAGAGUACUACAGGGAAUUGACUGAAGAACUGCAGACGGUAACCAAAAGAAUCAUUGCACGGAAACAUGCAUUCGAGAGAGAUGAUCUCGUGAAGACGCUGCGAAGGUUGAUACGUGAAAUCUCUCAGAUUGACUCAGCUGACUCAUUUGUCGACACAAAAAGUAAGACCGAAGCUGUGCAAGCAUGCAGCUGGCUUGACAACAGGCUGAAAGAGCAGGGGUCAAUCUCAAUAUAUGAAGUUCCUCCUUCCCUAACAUGUAAAGAUAUACAAAACUGGAUUGACAAGCUAAAACAAGUGAAAGAACCCAAAACGGAGAUAACUGAGACUAGCAAAGUCCAUAUGGCUUUCCUAACAGGAUUGAUCGUUGGCAAGAAUUUUCUUCAGCCUAUGAUCAGCCAGAGCCUCACAAAAAGUGGUCUUGAACUUCCAAUCAUCAGUAGAAGAAGUGUGCAGCAGGCACAUGGUACUGGUUUGGGUCAGGUGAUGUCAUUAGCACAUGAAACUUCAUCUGGCCCUGUUGCUGGGAGUUCAAUUGAGGAUUAUGUGACCAGCAUACCUAUCCCAUCAACACCAAUUUAUACUGGCGAGACCCUUUUCGAAAUUUUUUCUAUUGAGACCAACUUAAGCUUGAUAAGUACCAUUGUACUUUAUGACGAUCAGGGUGGUACUCUAGUAUACGAGUCAAAUGAAGGAAAUAAGGAAAAGUUUAUUCGUCGGCGCUCUAAGUGGCUGUCAAAGCAUACCGGAAAAAUCGCAGCUGAUUUCACCGAUUCUCUUAUUCUGAGAGGACCGAAUCGUCCUAUGACUGCUGGUGCAGGUUGUUGGAUUUUUGAGAUCAAUGUGCCUAUUGAGUCAUCUUUGGGGUUGGAAGAUUCUGAAUUCUCUGAUGCAAUAUUUGAGACAACCCUCUGUUUGGAUGACGAUUAUAUGGAUAGUCCACGUUGCAGCUUAACCUCCAUAAGAGGUGGCUUCAUAAACCUCUCCUCCAUUACAUUCACCAAUGCUCUUAGAUGUACAGUUAGGUUAGGUUUUGAUGGUCCCUUGAAUGAGGAGCAGUUUAACCUCCGAGGUAUGCUUACGCUAUACGUUGAAGGGUAUGACACUAAGUUCACAAUCUUGAAAAGUCGAGUCCUUCUAUAUCCUGUCGGUCAGAAAAAAUUUGAAGUCCCUUUACUUAGACAUGUUUUGGGUCUUCCCGUCGGACGUCGUAUACAUGUCAAAGGCAACUUGAAGCUUGGAGGACACAGGUUGCAUGUAGAUCAGUACCUUCUACUUGAUAGGAAAAUAGUAGAGGUUGAAUGGCCUGUUGUUCCAUCGAUUAAGGCUUGCAUAUGUAUUGAAGUAAGUGAGUUUCCGUAG